AUGAGCAGGCAGGAGGCAAACAAGCAGUUCUGGGAAGCAAUCUCUGACCUUACCAUGAUGUGCCACUUACUGCGCAGUAUUUCGAUGACCAUCUGUGGUAUGGUUACUUGGGAGGUCGAUGCAGAGGUUCAAGUGCACGCCAAAAGGGUGAUACGGCUGCUGGCUCUCUACUCCCUAGCGGUUCGUGAGUUCUUCCAGCGCACUGGCAAGAAUGCCACCACCAGUUCAGAACAGAUGGACAGACUGCGACAGGAUGUGGCAGCAUUGGCAGGUGAUACAGAAUGGUCCAUUCUGUAUCCAGGAGAUCACAAGAGUGUAUCAGGCUCGGCUUCCCCUCAUGACACCACUCGACCAUCGAUUAUUCUGUUUUGGGUCACGCUCUCGCUGCGCAAGAUCAUGGACCACAAGGCAACAGAAGCACCAAUCAUGAAUGGUUUGCUAACGCAGCUGGCUGCCGUGGGCUCCUGCUUCUGGAAUAUGGACAAGAUCGACAAGACCCAAUUCCCAUUUCCCUACUGCCAGGUCGUGAAAUGGCUCACGCUCGUUUUUCUCGGCAUUCUUCCAUUUAGCAUUGCCGCAGUGUGCGGUUGGUGGACACUGCUGUUCUCCGCAAUUGCGGCAAUUGGCCUCUCGGUAUCAAAAUUCCUGACCAAAAGGCAACUGUCGUACCAGUAA